AUGCCUGCCAGUCACGCCUUCUUCCUCCUCAACCCCACCUUCUUUUUCCUCCUCCUCCUCCUCCUCCACCACAUACUAUCCUGCUUGACUCCCCUUUCCCGUGCCAAUCUCACGCUCUCUUCCUCUGCCCGGCUACAUAUCUCGAACUCGUACCGCGCCCCUCACCUGAUUAUCACGUCAAUCCCAUUCCGCUUUCCUGAUGCUCGCAUUCAAGCUACGAAGCAGCUUCAAGGACAAGUAACAGCGUACAAAGGCUCACGCAUAAUGUCGCGAACACCUCCUAACUCCGAAUCGCUUCUGCGGCACGACCUCGAGGGCUUCUCGCGAGACCUACUUGGCCUUCAUACCCGCUUUCAAGAAAUGUUCCCGGUCCUCGCCACCUCCAGCGCGUCUGCCUCUACCGCGGCUGACGUGACUGCCAGCUUAGAGCAUCAAGUCAGCCAGGAGGUCAUGGCGAAAGUCAAGCAGGAGGUCACGAAUAUAAAUCUUAGGGUUGAUGAUUUGCAACAAAGGCUUAAUGCGCAAGGGGGUGAUAUCUAUCGCAGUUGGAUCCAACCGUUGCAGGCAAAAACCCAGCGAAUUGAGGAAGAGAUGGCGACGAUCAGGGAAGAGAACACGAAAAGACAGCAAGCUGAGGAGAAAAUGAGGGGGGAGCUGUUCGUGGUGAUUCACAAGAUGCAGGCUGAAAUCGAGGAGCUGAAGAAGGCGCGUAAUCAGGGAAGUGUUGAGGAGAUGGAAAUGCAGCAGGAAUAUGGGUUCUUCCCGAGAAAUCUGAGGGAGAUGGAUUCUCCGGACCAUCGAGAUCUCGCUGCCCCAAGGGAGCUGCCUUUUACGGACGAAAACGUGCAGAGCUACACGUCGUCUGCACUGGUUCCGUUCAGCUCUCAGGUCGACAAGCACACAGAUGCUCCCAGCACCAAGGAACUCGGCUUGGACUUGACCACUCGACCAGCUAACAGAGGACAACAAGUUGCAGCCAGUCUUCAAAAUACACACCGGUAUACAAGCAGCACCGACUCUGAGCUUCCAAUUCCCGCUACAAAACGUCGUUCACACUCGGGCCGUCAUCCUGGUACCCGUCUGGCAUCAGAAAGUGACAAUGACAAUGACCUGGAAUCGACAACCUCGGCCAAUAGAGGCUCUACCUCGCAGUUUUAUCUCCGUCCAGGAAGAUACUCCCAAGGCACGGCAGCAACAACAACAGCAACAACAUCUCGUAGCCGCAGCCCUCGCCGCAGCCUCGACGCGGAAUUCCGCGUCCGUGAUCCUUCCCGGUUCACGUCCAAGUUAGAGUCACACUCGGCCCGUCGCCGCUCUACCCCUUCCCACUCCGCUAGAGACAUUCUUCUCGAUCAUGAACUCGACGUCUCCUUCCUGUCCAUUCCUUCCCGCUCGCAACCGUCCCGCCGAACCAAGACAGCCAACGAGCUGAUUGAUAGGCACCUCUCAUUCAUCCCCAAUGGCUGGCGCACUAUCAUAGCCAACACGGCGAAACAGUUGAGCGCGGAAGAUUGGGACUGUUCGGACGCGAGAGUGUUAAAGAAGCUAGAGGAGCACUGUCCGGCUUUUAGCAACUUGGAGGAAAUUCUUCCGGAUGUCAAGAUGGCUGUGCCGGCUUUGAGAGAGUUGAUGAGGGAAUUGGGGAGACAUCCUUGAGUGUCCUCAGGAUGAGAAUGUUCGUCUGCGGGCGAAGAUGAUUAUUUGCUUAAACACUUGCUCAAAGGACGAAGUUAACGACAAGUAGAAUAGUAAUUGUGAGCAUAACGAGGAGAUCACAUGUAUGGGAAUUGAGGGACUAGGUGCUGUAUGGAAGAUCAUAUGGUUCAUGUUGGACGAUGGCGUUGAUGUCGUCGUUGACGAGGAACACCCCUUUUUCGGGACCCUAACCCUAUCAAAUGGAGGCGGAUAUAGGCAGAGCACAGACUGUACGAUUGAAAGUUGAACGUUCUUCAACCUGAGCUAUAGGGAACCAGCUAGAUAUUGAUUCAAUGAACAGAGGAUUGAUGUACUUUAAGUUCUUUGCAAGAAAGG